UUUCGUCGAGACACUGUAAAAACGGUCUCUCGAACGCGUUUUGGCUAUAUUGUGUACACUCCAGUGACGACUGGAGUGACGGUGCGGAUUUGUGGCAUAGCGUUAGCCUACAUGGUGGAUCACAGGAAAGUUCGGUGUGACGUCACCAUAUGGUCACGUGAUGCUUUGGUUGGCAAGAGGUUAUUUAUCGUAUUAGAGGUUAGCCGAUCGGAGUUAUCGGGUCAUUCACACUUAUACGUUAAUUAAUUAUGGUAGUGUCGUGUUGUGUUAUCGGCUGUACAUACAGAUUUGAUAAAAAUGAUCCCAAGAGCUUUUAUCGCAUACCAAAGAAACCUGAAGCUCGCCGAAAGCUUUGGAUCGCAGCAAUUAAGCGUGAUAAGUGGGAACCUACUGCCAACGACCGUGUUUGCUUUCGACACUUUAUAUCUGGCACAAAAAGUAAUGAUGAAAGCAGUCCAGACUACACUCCAUCUGUAAAUAUGGGUUACCAUGCUAAACAGGUCAACAGCAGUCAGCAGUAUGCAAGACCUGUUAUAAUGAGUUCAGCACGAGACGGACAGCACUUCUCAAAGAAGUCUCAAGCUCCUGAUUCCUCACAGGUGUGUGAAGGCAUGAAAACUGAGACUUCAGAUGGAGAGAUAUCCGAAGUGUCCUAUAUCUGUGUGAAGGAAGAGGAGGUGCUGGAAUUGAACAUCUCCAACCAGAGAAAUGACCUCAACAACCCACCUGAAGUUCUUUCCAUUAAAGAGGAAGAGCCUGACAGUAAAGACUACCUCUACUGUGAAGAUUGCAAAUCCUUUUUCUUCAACAAGUGUGAGGUUCACGGAACACCCCUUUUCAUCCGUGAUACUCUUGCUCCCAUGGGAGUCCCUGACCGAGUCAGACAAACUCUUCCUCCUGGACUAGAGAUUCGGGAGUCCAGUAUUCCUGACAUAGGACUGGGAGCCUUUAAUAAGGGGGAGACUGUUCCAAUAGGUGCACACUUUGGACCCUACAAAGGAGAACUGGUAGAUGGAGAGGAAGCAAUGAGUAGUGAAGACUUCGGGGUGGUUCAGCAUUCUCAGAGACUAAAUGACCCACCUGUCCGUUCAUGGGUGGUUGUGGCCAAAAACAACGCUGUAGAGUGUUGCCACUGCACUUGCAUGGCUGGACGAGGUGAGACAUGCUCUCAUGAUGCAGCCAUGUUGUUUGCAGUUGAAACCGCAGUCAAUACUGCACAAAAGAGAACCUGCACAGACAUGUCAUGUGCAUGGAUAAAGCCCAGUGCCAAAAAGUUUGACUCUUCAGAAACUGCAGACAUUGACUUUUCAAGUCAACAACUGAAACACAGAAAGAGAAUGAAGCUGCCUGAAGAUACGGAAAUGGGGGAAACCAUGACAAAAAAAGCUGUUCCACCCCCAACACCAGAGGAAUGUUCUUCCUUUUAUGCAAACCUGGCAAAGAAUGGAGCAAAGUGUGCUGUGUUUACCAUACUUCCUGGAUAUUGUAAUAGGUUUAGCCCCAGGUCUGUUACUGGGGACCUGCCAAACCCCCUGAACAAUCUGUACAAUCCAGAUGAUCUAGUACUGAGUUACGAUGAGCUAUGUAAUAAAAGCAGAGAAGUUUUUGAGAGCUUAAAGGUUUCAGAUGUUCAGAUCUCCACUGUUGAAGCUGAAACUAGAAAACAGUCUUCCAACAAAAUGUGGUUCCAGCAAAGAGCAGGUCGAAUCACAGCUUCAGUUUUCAAGGCAGCUGCAAGAACCAGCCCUGCGAAUCCAUCGAGGUCCCUGAUCAUGAGAAUAUGCUAUCCACAAAACUACGAGUUUUCAACUGCAGCCACAAGGUGGGGAUGCAGCCAUGAAGAAACAGCCAGAGAGAAGUAUGUAAAGCACUACAGCCAAUGUCACAGAGAUUUUACUGUACAGGAAUGUGGUCUGUUUCUGUCCAAAGAAUACCCUUACUUGGGUGCUUCACCAGAUGGCAUAGUUGAAUGCACAUGUUGUGGCAAGGGUUGUGUUGAAAUAAAAUGUCCCUGCUGUGUAAAGGAUGAAGAUAUGGAUGUGUCUGAAAAGUCAACAUUUUGUUUAGGAAAAGAUGAUGAAGGCAAUUUGUUCCUCAAGAAAGACCAUGCUUAUUAUUUUCAGAUUCAGUCACAGAUGAAUAUAUUAAAUUUUCAGUAUUGUGAUUUCAUAUUCUGGCAAGGAAAUGGAUGGUUUGUGCAAAGAGUUCAGAAAGAUGUUGAUUUUUUCCAAAUGCAAGUUGCAAAAGUCAGAGAAUUUUACAUAAAUGGUGUUUUGCUAGAAUUGUUGGGAAAAUACUUUUCUGAGGCGCAAAGAAAUUCAUCCAGUACAGACCCUGAAAAUAUCUGGUGUUACUGCAGAAAAGCUGACAGUGGUGUAAUGCUGAACUGUGAGUCCGGUAGAUGUAAAAUAAGAAGAUUUCACAUGUCUUGUUUGGGUCUGAAAAGAAUGCCAAAAGGUACCUGGCACUGUCUGGAUUGCAAAAAGCUUGCAAGCAAGACCAAAAGUUGAAUUACUUAUUUCCCCCCCCCCCCCCCCAGUAAAAGAAUGUGAAAUUUGAUAAACUUUGAGCUACACUGUGCUCCUCACUACAAGAACAUUGUGACAAAUGUACCAUUGAUGGCUGUAUCAUUCUAUUUACAACUGUUAUAAUUUAACAUGUUCAACCCUGCAAAAAUUAAAUUUUUUAAACAGUUUUGGUAAAGAAUUUUGUCAUUAUAAUUCAAACUACAACCCCAAUUCCAAAAAAAGUUGGGACACUUUGUAAAACAUAACUUGCAAAUCAUGGAAACCCUAUAUUUCAUUGAAAAUAGUACAAAGACAAGUCAAAUGUCAAUUGAGAUUAUUUUAUUUAUUUUGAAAAAUAUAUAUGCUCAUUUUUUAAUUUGAUGUCAGCAACAUGUUUAAGAAAAGUUGGGACGGGGGCAACCAAAGGCUGAAAGUUGUGUAAUGCAAAAAAAAAAAAAAAGAUUUGGUUAAUUGGUAACAGGUCAGUAACAUGAUUGGGUAUAAAAAAAAAAAAGAAGAGUAUCCCAGAUAGGUGGAGUCUCUCAGAUAGGGAGGGGUUCACUGCUCUGUGAAAGACUGCGUGGGCAAACAGUGCACCAAUUUAAGAAUAACAUUCCUCAAUGUAAAACUGCAAAGAAUUUGGGUAUCUCAUGUAUGGUACAAAAUAUCAUUAAAAGGUUCAGAGAAUCUGGAGAAAUCCCUGUAUGCAAGAGAAGGCUGAAAACUGACAUUGGAUGCCUGUAAUCUUCAGGCCCUCAGGUGACACUGCAUUAAGAGCAGACACAUCUGUAGUGGAAAUUACUGUAUGGGUUCAGGAACACUUCAGAAACCCAUCUUCUGUGAAGACCGUUCAUUACUGCAUCCACAAAUGCAAGUUAAAACCAUGUAUAAACAAUAUCCAGAAAUGCCACCACCUUUUCUUUUAUGAUGGACUGGGGCAAAGUGAAAAAUUGUAUUGAGGUCUGAUGAAUCAAAAGUAGAAAUUCUUUUUAGAAAUCAUGGACACCAUGUCCUCCAGGCUAAAAAGGAGAGGGAUGAUCCACGUGAUCAGUGCACAGUUCAAAAGUCAGCAUCUGUGAUGGCAUGAGGGUGCAUUAGUACACAUGACAUGGGUAGCUUGUGAAUCUGGGAAGGCAUCAUUAAUACUGAAUUUUAUGUGUGUGUGUAUAUAUAUAUAUAUAUAUAUAUAUAUAUAUAUAUAUAUAUAUAUAUAUAUAUAUAUAUAUAUAUAUAAAUAAAUAAAAAUGUGCUUCAGAGCAAUAUUCUGCAAUCUAGACAAUGUUUUUCAAGGAAGGCCUUCCUUCCUUCUUUCAGCAAGACAAUACCAAACUGCUUUCUGCACAUAUUAAAACUGCAUGGCUCUGUAGUAAGAGUCUGGGUGCUAAACUGGCCUGCCUGCAGUCCACAUCAGUCUCCUAUCAAAAACUUCUGGCGCAUUAUGAAGUGCAAAAUAUGACAAAGGAGACCCUGAGCUUCUGAGCAACUGAAACUGUGUAUCAGGCAAGAAUGGGACAAAAUUUCUCUUUCAAAACUACAGCAACUGCGCUCCUCAGUUCCUAAAUGUUUAGUGUGUUGUUAAAAGUAGAGGUGAUGCAACACAGUGGAAAACAUGCCCCUGUCCCAACUUUUUUUGAAACGUAUUCCUGACAUCAAUUUCAAAAUGAGCAUAUAUUUUUUAAAAAAAAUUCUUAGUUUCAACAUUUGAUAUGUUGUCUUUGUACUAUUUUCAAUGAAAUAUAGAGUUUCCAUGAUUUUGCAAAUUAUUGCAUUGUUUUUAUUUCCAGUUUAUACAGCGUCCCAACCUGGUUUGGAAUUGAGGUUGUAUAAAGCGUACAGCAAUGUUGUAAACUUUUGUCAUUAUAUAAUUUUUACAAUAAACUACAUUUGAGUUUUGUCAUUUGCAAUAUGGUAAUUUCCAUCAAAUCCUUCAAGUAUGUCCACUAAUUGCGAUUGUCUUUCAGUAUUUCACAUGUAUCUAAAAUUGUCAAGAGAAUUUUAAGCUGUCUUUAGUCGUAAGUUUUGUACAAAUAAAAACUCUGUAAAAGUAGUUUUUCAGACGUCAAGUAAUGCAUAAAAUGAGGGUUUCAAAUAAACCUGAAAGUGAA